AAAAAGACUUAGCGAGUUCUUUGUGUUCUUUUUCUGUGUUUGUGUGUCUGUCCGUAUGAAUAUUUUGCAUUUUUUUCUGAAGUUGUGUGUGAGAAAUGAAGUCAGAAUUUGUGAAUAAUACAGAGAAGAAAUGUGUGAGCGUUGUUGUCUUAGGAGAUUUUGGAAGAAGUCCUCGAAUGCAAUAUCAUACUCUGUCGUUAUCCAAAAACAAUUUUCGGGUAGACGUGGUAGCUUACAAAGGAGCAGAACCCCAUAAAAGAAUUAUAAAUGAUCAGAAUGUUAGUUUUCAUUAUAUGAAAAAUAUACCACAAUGGAUUGAAUAUUCACCAGGACUUUUUCGGUAUAUUCUAAAGACAGUAUGGCAAAGUUUUUUCCUCUUUUGGACCUUAAUAAAUAUCUCUAAAAUAAACCAUAUUUUUCUGCAGAAUCCACCUGCUGUACCAACUCUACCUGUUAUUUGUUUUGUUUGUUGGCUUAGAAAUUGUUGUCUUGUCAUAGAUUUUCAUAAUUAUGGUUAUACAAUAUUAGGACUUUCUGCUGGAAAAGAAAGCUUCCUAGUCAAAAUUGCAAAAUGGUGUGAGAGAUAUUUCAGCCUUAAAGCAUGCCGAAGUAUAUGUGUGACCAAAGCCAUGAAGGAAGAUUUGAUGCAAAAUUGGAAUGUGCGAGCAUCUGUUUUUUAUGACUGUGCACCUGAUAUUUUCCAUCCAAUUUCAGAAGAAGAGAAGCAUAAAUUUUUUAUGAGACUUGGUGAAGAUUAUGGGCAGUUCCGAGCUAUACCUUCUAAUUCAAAUGGUGAAGAAGCUACAAGAUUUACCAAAAAAGAGGGUGACAAAUACGAAGUGUUGAAUAAUAGACCUGCUUUAAUUGUUAGCAGCACCAGUUGGACAGAGGAUGAAGAUUUUUCAAUACUUCUAUCAGCACUGGAAGAUUAUGAAGAAGCAUCUAAGCAAAUGAAAGAUUUGCCUGACUUACUUGUUGCCAUAACUGGAAAAGGGCCUUUGAAAAGUUAUUAUGAAAGACUGAUUGAAGAUAAAGGUUUUUCUCAUGUAGAAGUUAUGACUUUGUGGCUACAAUCAGAGGACUAUCCUACAUUUUUAGCUUGUGCUGAUUUGGGUGUCAGUCUACAUAAUUCUUCAAGUGGGUUUGAUCUUCCCAUGAAAGUGGUUGAUAUGUUUGGAUGCUGUUUACCUGUAUGUGCUUUUGAAUUUCAGUGCCUUCAUGAGCUAGUCAAAGAUGGUGUAUUUGGUAAAAUAUUUUCUAACAGUCGGCAGUUGAGUCUUCAGUUUCAGAUUCUGAUCAACAAUUUAAUAAUUUGAUUCUUAAAGACUAUGCAAUUACAGCUCAACAUACACGGACGUUUUAUCAUCGGGGAGUUGAGUAUUGUGACCGGUAUUCAGAGAAGCAUUCUUCUGAGCGAUAUCAGCACAAAUGCAGCUUAUGUGGGAAAAGAUUUACUCAGAAAGGAACACUAAAUAGACACAUGGCCACUCAUAACAAUGAACGACCUUUUGCAUGUGAUCUUUGCCCUAAACGUUUCAAUUAUCGAAGUGUUCUGACAAGUCAUCGAAAGUUGCAUCUCAGGGACCCUGAUUUAUGAUUUAAUGGCUUUUGAAGUAAUCAAAUGUUUCCGUAAUUACAUUGCAAUUUUAUUUUCAAACUAUCUUUAAAUUUUAUUUGAAAAUUUGAAGCAAAAUGUUUAUUAUAUAACGUUAAAUAAUUCUUUUGGGUAUAAAUGAAUAUUUUGUAUAAAAUUCUGAAAGCACUGAACUUAUUGAUAAAACAUUUACAAUAACAGCAAAAAUGUACUAUAUUUCCUGGUAUAUAAGAUGCUCUUUUUCUUUAAAAAUUUUGUGUCUAAAAACUGGGUGCAUCAUAUACAGUAGUGGCUGGCACUAGUGGCAACAGCAAAACACUGAACGAAACCAAGGGUGCAUGUUAACCCUUAGAAUGUCAUUUACCUGUUUCUUUAAAAACUGAAAUAUCUGCAAUUUCCUUUGAGAUUUGCAACAGUUUCUUCCGCCCAUCAUUAAUUAAUAAACCAAGAGAUGUGAAGGUUUUAGAUGAUAUCGUUUCUAGCUCCUAACAAAGAAGCUUUCCCGUAAGUCAGCUUAAGCCUAAAGAUAAAGAACUCUAAAAGAAUCCUUUUAGGACAAGACUAUCCGUACUAAAGAUGAACUGAUAUAAUGCAUUAGAGAAAACUGCAUCUUGGGCUAUUAUGUACUUAAUGAGAACUAAUGGAUGGGAGUUCUGACAGUGAUGCCAAGUUUUAUACCAAAUAAGUGUUGAUUUCAAUAACUUUAGGUAAUAUUUUUCCCUAUUAAUUUUUUAUCCAGCAUCCUAAUAAAAACCAGUUUGUCAAUCAAAUAAUUCUUUAUUUUUUGUUUUAUGUUCCCAAAAUCAAGCUGCAUGUUAUGCAUGAAAGCGUCUUAUACAAAGGGAAAUGUAGUAAUUAUGAUGCUUUGUGAAAUGAAAAGACAUAUAAUGCAUUUUGAUAAACUAUGUUAAUCUAAUGUAAAUAAAUUCAGAGAAAUUUUUUAAGAUACCACAUUAAAUAGAAAAGUAAAAAAAAAAAAAAAAAAAAAAACUACUUCAAUUUUGUAUACCAAAAAAGAAAAUAUUUUUUAGUUCAAACUACAAAUGUACAUAAAGUUACAAAUGAGAGUUUUUGAGAGGUUUUAUUGUUUUGAAAUUUUGAUGUAUUUGUAUAUUUUUUCACAUUUGUCAUUUUUUCUGUGAGAAUGCAGUACUUAUGCAGAGCAGUAUUUUUCAUAAAUAUAUUUUAAUAUAAGAAACUAAAUAUUGAAACCAGUUUCUCUCUCUUUUUUUCUAAUACAGUGUGUUCAUACUCUGUUUCAAGUAAAAAAGAGGGAUGACAGUAUCUGUCAAAAUGAAUAAUAUUUACUAGGGCCACAUUGCACUCACAGUUUCAAGAAAAAUUAACUUAAAAAUACAACCAGCAAGGACAAUUUGUCACAUCUGGCAUCAUUUGUGUCCUGCCAGAGAAGUUCUAGAUCGACAAAUACUAUUUGCUGUAUGCAGAUUUCCAGUGAAAAGCAGUAGCAAUAACAAUUGCAGUGAUUAUCUCAUCAAGGUUCCAUACAAAGCCAGCAGAAGCAAACAUUAUUCUGUCAAAGUGUUAAUCCUCAAGCUACAGACUGUUACCAUAAUGAGAUAUCUGAAACAACUUUGUGAAGGCCAUGGCAGAUUGCAUGUAUGAGGAACAUGCAAAAACUUUUUCUGGGGGGGGGAGUUGAACUUUGGCAUUUAACUUUACACCACUUUUCUGACUUUAUUAGUGGAAUAGGGUUGUAGGUUCCAUUUCAAGUACUGUUUGACUUGAUGGGUACUAUCAGUCCUCUUAUUUUGGAAAACAAUUUGCAGACACUCUAUAUGUAUGCAUAUUAUAACCCAAGUUCCUGUUUUAAUUACUUCUCUUUCAAUGUUUUCUGUUCAUUUUAAAUGUUAAUUAUUUCGUGGUGUCUAGAAUUUUUAUGUUUUCAAUAUAUAUAUAUAUAUAUAUGUACACGAGACCUGAAGUUUUAUAAAUACAAUUGUCAGUAUGUCAUAUGAAAAUAAAACGUUUGCUUCCAU